AUUUCCAAUGCAUUACAGCGCACCAACAUUACUUACAACGAUUAUUGAUCAAUAGUAACCGAGUUUUAUUCGAAAGCCAGUAAAGGCCUGACGCCGAUGGGCGUUUAUGAUGUUAAUGAGUAGGACGCCUCCCAUUACUUCAGUCUGUUUUUUUUUAGUCCCGAAGUGAAGACGGGGAGGUAAAGCUGCUCAUCGGAGGCUGGGAUCAAAUUGCAGCGUUGAGAGAAGCGGCAGCCCGGCCGGUUUGAUCCCGGGAAGCAUGUCCGGCUCGCACGCCGAACCGCCUCCUUCACACCAGCAGUAACAGGACUGUUAACGGUUCGGGGAAACGGAGAGCUGCGGCUCCUGAGCGAGGAGAAGCCGGUAGGCGCAUCAUUACGCGGAGGCCCUCGCUGCAAACCCAAAAGAAGAUGGCGGAGUUUUCCCCCGUCCUGCCGCUGCGCGAUGGAGCUUGUCGGCUGGGCCAGCCCCUGUUCCCCCGCUCCCGCUCCGGCUCCGGCUCGGAAUCGGACAGCGAGCUGUCCCAGAGCCUGGCCCGCACCAAGACCCGGUCGUACGGCAGCACCGCCAGCGUGACGGCGCCAUUGGGGGAGAAAUACGUCGAGCAUCGGGUAACACACAGCGAUACCCUGCAGGGCAUCGCACUCAAGUACGGCGUGACGAUGGAGCAGAUAAAGAGAGCCAACAAGCUCUUCAGCAAUGAUUGCAUGUUCUUACGGAAAACUCUGAAUAUUCCUGUGGCCUCCGAAAAAGCCACCUUCCUCAAUGGACUGACUUUAGAGUCACCAGACAGCGAGGGCAGCGACAACUGCCCGGCCCAGGGGCGACCUCACGUGGCCCCGGAUGCAGGGGACACCUCUUCCACCCCCUCCUCACCUACGCCCAGCCCUCAGGAGACACAGAACCGGCCCCUGCAGCCAGAGGAGCUCUCAGCCCAGGACUACUUACAAAGGCUGGACUUGCAAAUCAAAAUAUCGAAACAAGCGGCUCAGAAACUUAAAGAGGAAGACGACCGAAGUGAUGGACCUGAUGCUUCUGACCCGACGCCAUCUCAGGAGGAAAUAUGAGAAAGCGGAUUUAUUUUUGUUCUCGGAGAGUCGCUCGCCGACGCGAUGACAAUGACAUACCUGACACCAGUAUCUCAUCUUUUGCUUUUCUAUUUUUUUUUUACAUCCCUUUACUGAGGUACAAAAUAGGAUUUUAGCUCAUAUCCUUAUGUUUGCACUUUGACAUGUCGUCAGUUUGCCUCUGUUGUCGUUGCUGUUUGUUGCACCUCUGGGGUCUUUGCAUCGUAUGAAAGCUGUAUGUUUCUGACAUCGGCGUCACUGCAGUCGCUCUGCAGUGCGGAUGAUUUUAUUUCCUGCAGAGACACGGGAACGCCAAACAGGGAGAGGUAAUAGCACUUUAUUCUGGCUGUCAGUGUGUUUCAUUUAAAGCCUUUAAUGAUACAGUUGUCCUACAUAUAUACAGGUCUGUAGCCUUUCUUUGGUUCAUCAGUAGAAGUGGAUGAUUGGAAGCUGAAUCUUAUUUAUUUUGCUUGUUCAAAAUCUAUUUUCAAAAGGGACGACUUUAUUUUAAAGGUUGAAUGUGGUGUUAUUGUGUGACGAAUAUAUUUUAAAAUAUUCAGGUUUUAUUGUUUUAUUGUGCUUCUUCUUUUUGGGUGUCGAAAAAUAAAGUGUUUGAAGUCA